UGGUUCUAUAAAAAAGAAAAAUGCUCUCUGGCUGUUUGCAGAGGUCAGAGAAAGUGAAAGGUGUAUUUAUUGAAAUGCUCUCUUGGAGGGCAAGGAGGAAAAUAACGAUAUUUUAUUUCCAGGGCAUGUGUCUGUGUGUGGUGGCUGGCUGUAGCCUACGUGUCGUCUCCUCUUUUCUCUUAAGCCUCGAUACUUAAGAAUCAACCGAGCGCUAUCCAUCUGCUCGCAUUCUGCUGCAAACCAAGAUGAGCCACCAGCACAACAACCAUCACUUCACGUUAAUUUAACCUCUAUAUCUCUGACCCACCGGUCUGUCGCGGUCCAUGCUUUGCCUGCCUGAGAUGCGAUUUCAUUCUCCCUUUUCCCGGAGAGUAUCGACCGUUACACCCCACUGAAAGAGCAUGUCUGAGACCGGGGCGACGGGAGCAGCAGCUGCAGCUGCCCGUAUCAGCUCCUCCGACAGCAGAGACUGCACGGAGGGCUUUUUGCACAAACACCGAUCGCAACGCGAGGGAGAAAAGACAGAUCCAAGUGCUGCCUCCUCGCAGCAAACGUCCUCCGGUGUACUGGAUAAGUUAUUUGGGAAGCGGCUGCUGCAGGCUGGGCGGCACAUAAUGUCUCAUAAGUCCUGGAUGAAGACCGUGCCCACUGAGAACUGUGACAUCCUCAUGACUUUCUCAGACCAGACAGAUGACCACACGUUGCUAUGGCUACUGAACCACCUGCGUCUGGGCAUUCCGGAACUCAACAUCCAGAUCCGACAUCACAAACGCACGCGUGUCCAUGCCUUCUUCGUCACAGCAACCUAUGAGAAUCUGUUGCGUGGGGCAGAGGAGAUGGGUCUGAGGAAAUCUGUGAAGCCAGAGUUUGGGGGAGGAACACGCAGCUUCUCCUGUGAAGAAGACUACAUCUAUGAGAACAUUGAGAGUGAACUAUGCUUCUUCACAUCACAUCACAGGCAAAGCAUCAUCAAGUACUGGCUCGACAAUCUACGUGCCAAGAAUGGAGAGGUGCUUCACAACAUACAGUUCCUGGAGGGACAGCCAAUCAUCCCAGAGCUAAGUGUGCGGGGCGUGAUCCAGAAGGUGUUUCCGCUCCAUGAGCAGAGGGUCCUCAGUCAGCUGAUGAAGUCCUGGGUGCAGGCCGUGUGUGAAAAACAGCCACUAGAUGAUAUUCAUGAUUACUUUGGGGUGAAGAUAGCCAUGUACUUUGCCUGGCUGGGAUUCUACACCACAUCUAUGCUGUAUCCAGCUGUCAUAGGCUUUGUGCUCUGGAUUCUGACGGAGUCUGAUCAGACAAGUCGUGAUAUCUGCUGUGUAGUGUUUGCUCUGUUCAACGUGGUGUGGGCCACGCUGUUCCUGGAGAGGUGGAAGAGGAGGGGGGCGGAGCUAGCCUAUAAGUGGGGUACGCUGGAUACCCCUAACGAGUCCCUAGAGGAACCACGGACACAGUUUAUGGGCGUAAAGCGGUGCAGUCCCAUAACAGGCUGUGAGGAGUUAUACUACUCUCCGUGGAGGAGGAGGAUGUUCAGGUGGCUGGUCAGCCUGCCCAUCUGUAUCCUUUGUCUCUGCUUUGUCUUCCUGGCCAUGCUCAUCUGCUUCGAGCUACAGGAGUUUGUGAUGGGGAUCAAGGAGGUACCUCGCUUGGCCAGGUUCAUCCCUAAGAUCAUGCUGGCCAUCACUGUGACCGCCUGUGACGAGGUGUACCGGAAGAUAGCCUGCUGGCUCAACGACAUGGAAAACUACAGACUCCAGAGUGCCUAUGAGAAAAAUCUCAUCAUCAAAAUGGUUCUUUUUCAGUUUGUAAAUUCGUAUCUCAGUCUUUUCUACAUUGGAUUCUACCUCAGAGACAUGGAGCGUCUGAAAGAGAUGCUGGCCACCCUUCUGAUCACCCGGCAGUUUGUCCAGAACGUGAAAGAGGUGCUGCAGCCUUACCUGUACGAGCGCCACAAGCUGGGCAAGCUCACCCUGCACGGCGUCUGGGACCUGCUCCUCUCAGCCCUGCUCAAGUACUGCCGGCUGGCCGCAGGAAAGGCCCAGGCUUCACCCACCGACCAGGCCGUACCGAGCCACGGCCUGAGGGGAACCAGAGCCGGGGUGGGACAGCCUGGCCGCGGGGAGAAGAAGUGUCUGAACGGGGGAUGUGGGGUGCCUGACGAGGAGGAGAGGGAGGAGGGAGACAGCGGGAGGUUCAGUGAGGGAGAGAACGAGGAGUUGACAGACUGUGGCCUGAAGCUGAGGAAGGUUAGCUUCAUAGAGAAGGUGGACAGGAAGUCGUCUGGAGGGGGCUGCGUCCCUACAAUAGAGGAUAGUUUCUUGGAGGAUGGCAGCCCCACCAUGGUGGAGAAGGGGAUGGACCCGGCCUCGGUGUUCGAGACGUAUGAUGAUGCCGAUGACAAUGAGAUGAAGGACACAGGUGGUUUGGCCAAUGAAAGUGUGGCAGCUGCCCCACUGCCUUCUGGGCCGGAGAGCACGGUGAGGGUGCGUCAUCACAGAAGGCAGAGGAGUUUGGAGAGACUAGACUCUGAGACCAAGAGGGAGUCGUGGAUCGACCCUCCAGAGGAGCAAGAGAGUACGAUUCUGGCACAGGCUGAGAUUGAGAGCUGCAUGCAGACUUAUGAGGACACCUUCCAGGACUACCAGGAGAUGUUUGUCCAGUUUGGCUAUGUGGUUCUCUUCUCCUCAGCCUUCCCCUUGGCGGCCAUGUGUGCUCUCAUUAACAACAUCAUAGAGAUCCGCAGCGACGCCUUAAAGCUCUGUACCGGCCUGCAGAGGCCCUUUGGUCAGAGGGUGGAGAGCAUCGGACAGUGGCAGACAGCAAUGGAAGCCAUGGGUCUAAUCGGCAUCAUAGUUAACUGUUACCUGAUUGGUCAGUGUGGUCAGCUGCAGCGACUCUUCCCCUGGCUCAGCCCUGAGAUGGCCAUCAUCUCCAUUGUCAUCCUCGAACACUUUGCCAUCCUGCUGAAGUACAUCAUUCACGUAGCGAUCCCAGAUAUCCCCAGCUGGGUAGGAGAGAAGAUAGCAAAACUGGAGUACCAACGCAGGGAGGCCUUUAAGAGGCACGAGCGGCAAGCACAGCAACACUAUCAACAGCUACAGAGGAGGAAGAGAGAGGAGGAGGAGAGGCAGAGGCAGGCGGAGUAUCAGGCUCGCAGGGAAAGGGAGAGAGAUGAGGGGAAGGACUCCUCUGGGGGAGACCACCACGACAAGAGCCAUAGGGGAAGUCCCACACUGGGGGGUGGAGGGGGGGACAAGCCCAAGAGGCCCAGCUCCCUCUUGGCCAACAACAACGUGAUGAAGCUCAAACAAAUCAUCCCCUUACAGAACAAGUUCUCCUCAAGCAGCGCGCGCUCCCCUCAGUCUCCCACCGGAAACGAACCCAAGCUCCCCGGGUUCCUUAGCUUCAAGUUCCUCAAGUCGCCCGAGAAUAAGAAGGAAGCGGCAGCGACUGCUGCUGCAGUAGCGGCAGCCACGGCAACGAAUAACACGAUGUCUGCGACCGUCCCAAGUGGUAACCAGGAGUGGUCUCAGUCGCCAAGCAAGUCAUUCAACCCUGGGAAACUGUUUAACUUUGGGAAGUCGGAGGGGGGCUCCUGUGUGAAUGGGACCCAGUUACCCCGACCAGGAGAGGGGUCCCAGGUGUCUGACAAACAGCUCACCAAGUCUGACCUGAAUGGGGUGACGGAAGAGAGACGUUCACCUGGAGGGGACGCAGGGGAGAACGAACACCACACAGACUCCCCGGACCGUAAAGUCUAGUCUCUCUUUGGAAAGAGAUAAUAAACUGCUGUGAGAACUUAACUUGAUAUAUCUACUACAAGGAAAAAAUAAGUGGGGUGAAAAGGCCAAGCCUCUCCAUGCUGUCUGAGGUUGUGUAUGUAGACACUGCCUAGAGGCUGUGAGGGGAAUGGGCUGAUGGUGUUGAUGAUGAUAACAUAACCCGUGCGCGCUUAGAGACACACACAUACCUCACUUUUGUCUGCAAUACAUAUAGACAUGCAUGAGCUGUGUUUCUAAAACUUUUUGGGGGAAAAAAGGGAGAGCAGUUUAUCUUGAUUUAUUCUCAUCUGAAAAUUUAAAUCAUCUUGGUGGCCAUCUUGCCACUGAAACAUAAUAGCCUGGUUUUGGGGAGAGAAGGAAAAACAUUUAUCAAAGGCAUAAUGAGACCUUUCGUAGUAUCCACAAUAUGGUCGCCUGAUCUCAUACAAAUUUUGAACUAUGAAGGCCUAUCAGCUUUUCUACUUAAACGAAGCGGCUUUGCUAGCCAUGCAAUAUCAAUCAGUGUUUAAAAUUUGGGCAGUACUGCAAAACACGUGAAGUUCAUUCUCAUCAGCCUCAUCUCCCAUUUAAAGACAUACAUGAAGUGCUAUGAGCUUUAUUUACAAAGCAAAAAGAACCACCCGAGCUUAGUAUAUACCUCCCAAGAAAACAACAGGAAUAUCUGAAGUGUAUGUCUGACAGUGAGAGUGGAUGUUGUGAAAGACCGAGAUGAAAGUUGUUUGAUAAAAGACAACCAACACAUACUGUCUCGUAUCAGUAUGUGUUCUAGGGAGAGAGGAAAAGAAAGAGAGGGAGAGAAUGACAGUUGUUUUGACUGAUGCCUGCCCAGGAAACUGAGAGUCCGAUGAAGGAAGAUGCCACAGGAUGUUGACAUGGAUGUGUGUGUAGACUAGACAGUAUACAGUAUGUGCUAUGGAGAGUUUAGGUUACUGUAGUCUACUGUGUGCCAUUCUAAUCUCUCCCCAUUCAAGCCGGCAGAGAGACACAUUAUAGACAGUAUACUAAUCAUGGCACUCCAUUUCAACACAAAGAUCUGACUAGAUUAGUGAGAUAGAAAAGAGAGAACAUUUGCACUAAACCCCGAAGUACUGCACUGAGACAGCAGAGCUUGUUCUGCAGGUGUAAGGAAGGACCAUACCAGCCUGGCUCAUAACACAACCUAACAUAUGCAAACACUUGCUUUUUCUAUCGCUAGUAUUUUAUACUGAUGCUGUUGUUAUUUCAUCUGGAUGGCUGAUGAUCCCAAUCAUUUGAGAGCUGACAUAUAUUUUACUUCACCUUGUGUCUUUGGGGACAUAUGUCAUUUGGGAUGUUGCCAAAGCGGUACCUUUCUGGCAUGUGAGAACAUAGUUACAUUUCUGGAGAUGCCAGAUUUCUAUAUUCCUUUUAUAAGAAAAUCCAAAGGGAUUAUUCAAACAUCUUUAUUUUCUAUAAUGUGGCCAGAGGAUGGUGCCAAGAGAACAAGAAAGUGGUUUGUACGUCUCUAAUUUAGAGUACGGUGGCAUUGUCCUUGGAUACUGAUCAGCAGUCAGUUGUGUGUCCCCUACCCCUACUGUUAAAUUUUGGAUUUGGGGAAGUUAAUCUAACAUUAGAUCUGUGCCUAUAAACUCAUAGUACAUCCAGUCUUCUUCAUUAAAGAGAAGAACCACUGCAAUUCACAGCAGAGAUUCAGCACAGAGACAUGCAGUAAACUAACUUUGCACCUCCAUGUCAUCCUCUUUGGCCAGGAUCUUUGCAAUAAUAUAGUAUUGGAGGGACAUAGUGGCUCAGCCAUAUACACUAGUCUUCUACUGGUCCAUGCCUUAGCCAACUGCAUCUCUUGUUCCACCACCCAAAUUUUUCGAUCUCCUCCAUCUUACCUGGCUUCUCAGUGUGGGUAUUAACAUCUCAUCUCUCCUCUCUCCAUCUGGGCUGAACCAGACACACAGCUGUCUCCCUUCUGAAAUAGGAAACCUAAUCUAAGGAAGCUUCCCUGGUUCACUGUACUUUUCAUCUCUCUCUGUGCUUUAAAUAUGAGAUGAGGUUACCUAAAAUGCCUAUCAAAUAUGAAUUUUGGCAAAAACAUGCAUAAACUUUCAUUUUGCAUGGAUUGCCUUGUUGUAAUUAUACAAGCUACAAAAUAAUGUCAUGCUUCUGCAAUGAAACUCAAUAUGGUAUUUCAGCCUGGUCUCAUAGACUAGACAUAGUACAUGUACAUCCGGGACACUCAAGUUAGUAUGAUAUAUUAUGUUUAGUAUGGUGACUUAUCUCAUCAUGGACAAUUUAUAGUUAAUUAGCAACUUGAACUACUUACUACUUUUUAGCUACUUUGCAACUACUUAGCAUGUUAGCUAACCUUUCCCCUAACCCUUUAGGCUAACCCUUCCCCUAAUCUUAAUCAUUUUAGCAAACCCUAACGCUUUAACCUUAACCCCUAGCCUAGCUAAUGUUAGACACCUAGCUAGAAUUCGUAACAUAUACAUUUAGCAAAUUUGUAACAUAUUGGAUGUUUUGCAAAUUUGUAACAUAUAAUACGAAUUGUAAUUUGUAACAUAUCAUACAAUGUUGGUGAUGGACAUCACAAAUUAAUACAUAUCAUACGACAUCAUACUAAGUGGAGUUUCUUGGAUUUAUGUACAGAAUGAUAAGAAAUGCUCUGAGACCAGGUUGAGUAUUUUCAUGCAUAUGAUUGAAACAAUGAGUAUUGAGCUCUGACUGACUGAACUAGUAGUUACAUGAGAAUGUAUUUGAGCUGAAAAGGCACUUCAAGGAAACAAAAAGAGCAGUUGUUUGACCUUAUCAUUACAUUUCCCCCUCACUCUACAGCCAUUAAGUAAUUCUGUACAAAUAACAAGGAAACCAUUUGGUUACUAUCAUCGUCACCAUACAUUUGUGAAUAAUGCCAAAUAACUAGGCCACGGAUGACACAUGAUUUCAAUUUUGUUCUCUUUUACUGCAGCUGCUUAGUCAGACACAUUUGGAAGUGUUUGAUUAGGUUUUCUGUCAUAGACUAUUGUUAGUAACAGUCAUCCAUGGUACACCUGCCUGCCGCAGCUCUGGAACCAGACUAGGUUGGUUUCUUUGUUUGUUUCACCUUUGAUACAACCUGUAUCUUCGUAGUUCUGAAUGGCUUCCUCUAUUUCCCUGAUCUGAAAGAAAUGGACAAGCUAAAGCAAAUUCCCAGCAGGCAACUAACAUGUUGCUUUUACCUGUCCGGUAUUUUCAGAUAAGUGCCGAUGAUGGAAAGGAGACGAGGAGCUCACCAUCGAGAUGCAGCCUGCCUUGGGUCAGCGGCCGUCCAUGUCCUUUGGCCUCACUAAACACGUUGACCCUUUUAUCAGACAGAGCUUCUUAGAAGUAGUGAAAUGGUUCAUGUCCGUAUCAAUGCAACUAUACGUAUUUUAAAACUGUAAGGAAGUACUCUGAAAGAGUUUACCUUUUGAUGUUCUAUCAUUCCACUGCUUAGUUACAAAUAUUACAAGGGUUACGAGAAGAGAACUGAGGCCAUGUUUAGACUUGACAUUUGACUUGACAGUUCAGUUUAAUAUCCGAUCAGAGUUCUGGAUCAUGGUAUUACGAAUGCGUCGUGUCUACACCUAUAUUUAAAUGUGUCUACCGUGUCCGGAUUCCCUUAUCCCACGCUACAUUCAAAUGCCAGUAUGCAUUCUACAAAUGGUGGAAUAGGCCAAAUAUGAUACCAACACAACAACUGAUGGCAGUAGCUAACUAGCCAGCUAACCUUCUGUAGCUAUCCAGCAAGCAACGCUAAAGGAAUUGCAAACAGGUUAACUAGCUGGCGAGCAUUUACGAGGCCAGCAAACACAUUCCUUGCAUGCUAGGAAUGUAUUUCCUCCAACUUUAUAAUGAAAAGGUCCCUCUCAGUCCCAAAACAUAUGUUUUCUGGAGACUUGUGGGAGGAGUGCUGUUGAUGCCGUGAAGUGGAGGUGUACAGGUGUACUGUACAGCUACCAGUAUGUAGAACCCUUCCCUUAAACCUCAACUAAAUUUUAAAAAACUUAUUCACAACAGCCUCACUGACAAGACAUCAUGUUCUCUUCCAAUGUACCACUGUACAAAAAAAAUCUUUAUUUUCAAGAAAAAUAUAAUACUGGGAAAUGGGAUUAUUUAUUUUAUUUUGUCAUAUUUUUUGUAAGAUUUGAAAAUAGAUAAUAAAACAAAUGUAAACUGAAA